AUGGGCUGGUACUCGCUACUGCCAACACACCUGAGCGACAUUGAAGGAUGGAUCUCGAGCAUCUUUGUUCGUAUCUUUUGCUUCCCCAUCAUGCAAACCUAUAGACUAACACAUGUUGAUGCAGNNAUGUUGUUGGGCGUCGUUACAAUAGGCCCAUGGGCUCUCCUCCUCGUCUACGACUUCGUCUUCUACGUAUACCGCUCCUGUGCCUAUCAUACCCCUGUCAUCGGCGGCAAAGCCCAAGGGAGAAGGCGACCGCGCGCACCCAGCUUGACCGAAAGACCCAGUGGUCAGAAGCGUGAUGCUCCGAAAGUGCCCAUACAUUCCAAUACGACGGGCAUGAAACAAGACGACCAUGCUCCCGAGAAGCGCUCACUUGGUCAAAGAUAA